CUAAUCCGGCGUGCUUUGAGAAAGUCCAAUCGCACCGUCACCCACCUUCUUCUACCUCUUCCUUAAUUGCCUCUACAAAGCCAUUCCUUCAGACUCACUCCGUCACCAAUAUCUACCCUCCCUCUCUGAAUUCGUUAGGAAGGUUUUUUCUGUCACAGAUCUUUCUUUAACUUUUCAUCACUGUGUCAGUAGGAAUUAGCGCAAGAUGGGAAUCAAGGGACACCACCAAAACAAGUUCGUCCGGUUCAUUACAAUACCCUUUAGGAUUCUGGGCAAAACAAGAGACUUUUACGUCCGAAGCAUGACGAGCUGCGCACAGGGAGUGGGCUACAGCCAGAGCAUGGGCAGCGCGGCAACCUUGCCUAAGAGCUUCAGUGUCAGCUCGUCGAGGGGCGGCGAUGACGAAGAUUUUAGAGAGCUUAUGAGAGCUGCCUCCGCUAGGACUUCGGUUGAUAGGCUUGACAUGGAUAUGAUUCUCAAGCAGCAGGCGGCGACCCAGUCCGCCGCAAUGAUGAUGGCCGGAUCCAAGGGAUUGCCCAAGUGCUCUAGCGUCGGAAUGGGCAAGAUCGAUGAGGACAGGCCGUGUGAUUUUGAAGAAGCUGUUGGUGCUGGCGGCGUGAAGGCGGAUUUGUUUUAUCCAAGAAGCAGAAGCUACGCUGUCACAAAGAGAAGUGUUGUGUUUUGAUCGUCAUCGAUCUCCUGCAAACAUUCUUGUAAAAGAUGCAUGUUGGGUGGGAGAGUAGUAAGAAUUACUCUCUCGUUUUGGUUCGUUUUAUUAAUCUUUUGUCAUUUGAAAUGUUUUAUAUUAAAGGUGAAUCAAAUGGAAUUGGGUUUGUUUUUUUUUU